CAUAACAAAUUCGCCGAAACCUCGCAGGAGCUCAUCUUCUGUGUCAGCAUAGCAACGUGGGAUGAAAAAACAUACGCGGACUGACUGUGUCAGUGAACGAUCGUGUAUUAUUGCAUGCAACCAGAUAUGUUCUGCACUAUGGGGUGCGUGUGGUGUGUACAUGACAUUGUAGAGCAGAUGGAAAGAUUAUGAACUGGCGAACCAAUCGUAUAUUGUCAUUCGAUUUCACUGGACAAUCACCCAUUAAAUCGAGGGUCUCGUGUACGUGGACACUAUACAUCGAUGUGGCGGCAAUAUCUUUGAUGGAAUGAUUAGAAUUAGUUUGCCUGAUAACCAGAUCGGUAUGAACGCAACACUCGUGAUGACGUCGCUGUCAAUGUACGAGUGGUCGCAUCCUCACGGGUAUUGUUUUGAAUGACGUAUACAGGAAAUUAAAUCUUCAGUUUCUACGGGAUUUCAGAGGCGUGAUAUGCGAUGUACUGAUUUAUUUGCCCAAUUAAGGGCCACGUUUGCUGACUUGCAAGAGAACUCGCUCUGCAGUCAUUUGGAUCGUCGUGAUAAGCGGUCGGCUCCCAUACCUGCAAUCAACAACUCAUGUGCUGGAUAAAAUCUUCGAGAUUCUGUGGAAGAGCACGUAUCGUAUAGGGAUCACGUGCGGAGAUUUCUAAGUCAACACGCGUGUCUUCGUGACUCCGGAAUGGAAACGCUUCGAGUGGACGCGUCGGGUCUGUGCCGCCCGGAGUAAAACCUCGCGUCCCCCCCGUUCGAGACCCAGAUACAACCGGCGACAAGACGUGUCCGGAGAAUACAAAUUAACCGAAGGAACUCCAGAGUGUGGCUCAUCCCUUAUAGACGAUUAUUUGGUUAGACAGCAUGACUUGCAGGAGUAGAACUUCUUGGAAUUCAGGAUAUGCUCUCGAGGCUUAAAAACCACUGUCCAUGUGAAAUGUAACUUACAAUCACUUAUACAUCAGAUUGCUCUUCAUACAAAACUGACGUUGACUAUAAUUCUGCCAGUAAAAUUCCUUCAGUUGUACAAACAACUUAUUGUGGAAGAGACAAUAAUUGGUGCAGAAUCAAGCGGCAAAAUGUCGGUCAUGUUAACCUUGGAACGGUAGCCCUAAUCAUCAUUCUGGCGCGAAGCCACAUCGAUCGGAGUUUAUUGCCACGAGUCGAAACGAUUGAGACCGAGUGCACGGCAUUUAUUAAGACAGAGAAUCCUCCGCAUACAUUACAUAGAUGCGCCACGGCAGGCAACAGGUACGUCAUGAUGCUACUGUGUAUGCUCCAUUGUUUACGCAGACAGAGAUAAUUGGGUAAUGUAAACAGGCAAGUCCAUGGCUUCACAUGUAGUUUGCUUUGCGUAUUACAAGGAUAGAUACAUCGUCUUGAAAACCUCUUUGUCGUUUCAAUGUCGCAGUCACUUGCCGUGCGGCCGAGUACCAGCGACACUUCUGAUUCAUGUCCGCAUAUUGUGAAAUCGACCUCGGCUGAUAACGCUGCAGUGCUCCUUAACGAACAGGCUGAUAUAACAUAAUUUUUAAGACACAUCUCUUUUGAUGUCAAGUCACAAUAUGUAAAGCAUUUUUUUUUAAUGUAAUGACUGCGGACUUGGACAACAUAAUUUGGUUGAAAUCUUAUUUUACUAACAAUUAUUCGAAUGACGUUUGUGGAAUACCAAGUUGACGGUGUGCCCACGCUGUAUGGAGACAGGGAUUAUAAGGUUAGAAGACCGCUAUGGAUGCCGAGGCAUCCUUCAACUCGACCGGCGAUACAUCACCGGGGGAUAUCGCCCAUGCGACGGUCGUCAUCCUCAUUGGAAUCCUGGUCAGCUUCUGUAGUUUCCUGACCAUUCUAGCUGUGCACAAGUUCCGGUCGGUCAGCAACCCCGAUAUUCUCAUCCUAGCCCUGGCCAUCAUUGACUUCAUCUCGUCUUUCACCGUGUUCCCCUUGGCCGCGUUUUGGUACCUCAAGACCGUGGCUUAUCCCACUGAGCUGUGCCUGGUUUACGGAGCCUUGACCACGACCAUCCAGCUUGCCUCUACCGCCGUGGUGUCCCUGAUGACGGUGGACCGUUUCCUUGCGAUACGGCGACCCAUCUUGUACCGGACCCGUUUGGGAAGCCCGCAACUCAAACGUCUAGUUAUCAUCAUGGUGGUCAUCUCUGCCGUGAUCGGUUGCCUACCGGCCGCCCUCAGCUCCACAACCUGGACCACUGUGACAAAUCGUCACGGCUACUGCACGUUCCAAUACUCCAGCGACUUCACCUUUGUGAUUCUGGCGUUGAGCCUACCCCAGAUCCCGCUCUUGUUGUAUUGCUAUUAUGGCUUCUUGGUGUCCAUCCGGAAAUUCAUCAAGCGGCGGCAGUCCGGGCCAGUGCCCAGUCCGGCUAGCAGCAGCGUGUCAUCGUCGGAGUUGGGACGGAGGAACCACACAGCUAGCCCGCCGGGCCCUACCGUGGCUGACCGCUGGGAGGCCUGGGAGGCCCGCUGCCGCAUCUACUGCUGCUGUUGCUGCUGCAGUGUUUGCCGGGCAAAGCAGACCAAGCCUGCAUCCCGGGAGGAGAUGGUGGAGCGGACACAGACGAUGAUGAAGAACCUGAACUUGAAGAGGUGUACCAGGAUGUCCAAGACCGUGGCACUCGUGGUCGUCAUUUACUACAUUCCUUGGCUCUUGACUCUGAUCACCAUGACGAUUGAGCUAAUUACCAGAGUCGACAACUACAGCUCGACACUAAGCCUUAUCACGGUCCGCCUCAUGAUGGCGCACUCCAUCCUUUACCCGAUGGUCUACGCCACACUCUGCGGUAACUACCGGCAGGCCUACAAGUGGGCGCUCAGUCUGCCAUUCCAUCCGUGCGGGCUAGAGUGGCACGAACGCCCUCCAUUGGGUAUCUCAGUGAGUGAAAUGCACCGCAUCUCACACCAGAUGGCAUUGGAGGAAUGGGAAAGCCCCGGCCUGAAUCGACGGCUGUACAGCAAGCGACCCUACCUCAAACGGUCCACCACGGAUAGCCUGAAGGACACCCCCAACGCCGAGGGUGACGCAGGUCGGGAUAAUCCUGCCUUCGAGGGAAACGAGAUGACGAGCUCGGAUCAGACAGCGGAACUUGAUGGACACAUCACGGUGGAGAUCGUCCACGAGAGGGCGCCCGUCGAGGCUCCAGCAAACAACCCCACGCCUUCUGUGAGCGUGCAUCGGGUCGCCCAUGCCGACACCCCGCCUUUAUCCCACAGACCGCGCAGGCGCGAGGACAAAAAGCAGGGCUCGUGCGCCCCAAGGCGGCCGCUUGAGAACCAGACAUCGGACAGCGGCGUUGAUGUCGAUUCCAUCCACCUGGACAGCGCCCCCAGCGGCAGCAACAGCCCGGCCGUCAUUCGGUUGCAAACAGUCGAGUCUGAAUCGUCGACCUCUGUGUCGGAUGCAACGGAACAUUUGACACGUGCAGAUGACUCUCACUGCAAUGAGACAAGUUUUAUACAAACCAGCGGUCAAGAGGGCUCCAGCCUACCGCAGGGUCGGCCUCAAACGGGUACACCCGACGGUGUCUGUGGACACAUCUACACGAGACUUCAAUCCGUGGCAAAGGAUCGCGUUACAUCAGACCGCAAUGCGCAACACAUUAACACAGCUAACGCGAGAACAGAACAUGAUGACGCGAAAGCAGGGCAACGUGACGUCAUAGUUCAAAAUGACGACGCAAUAGAAAUUGAUGACCUGACAGCAAAGAAUGCAACUGUGAAUACAGAAAUGUUGGAGACCCUCUCCAAAGGCUACAGUAUCAAGGAGACAUUGCCGGGAAGGAAUAGUGUGCUAAGAGUUGAGCCAUGCUCGGCCGGGGACCAAAGUCCAGGUUUGGUUCGGAUACACGUGGAGGUGGUGGAACUCAGACCAGAUUCACCUCCCCUGGCUCACGACACGUGUACACUGCAGAGCAGCACCAAGCAGUGCCGCAUCAAAUCGGCCAAUCAGAAACCCUCCCUCAAGUUCAGCAUGCAGAAGAAUCGAUUUGUCCCCUGCACGUCGAGUUUCGAGGAGACGGAAUCGUACUCGUUUGGUAUCGACGGACAGGAUGUGGAAAUGUCGAAAGACAUUGUGCCAACUCCACGGCUCAACUUACCCGACGCAGACGAUAGCUCAAAAUAUCGUGAGCCGCCAGAGGGCGACAUUGACAACGAGAUCAUGGCGACCAACGGUGACUUGGACGAAAACCAACUCAGCGAUGAGCCACCUGCCAAAGGGUUCAAAAGUCGCCGCAUGAGGGCCAGCCGUGCGCUCAGGGAGAGCGCCCGCUACGAUGACGACAUCGUUCGCUAUAGUGAAAUGAUGAUGCGAAAACAAAAGGCCGACAAAACGACGGGAAAACAGGAGACCCCGAAAACUGGGUCGAUGGAGUCACUUUUAGUUCCAGAUAGGUCACACAUGAUAGUAACGGACCACAUUGACCUUUGAACUUUGGACUUUGAACUUUGUGUUAUGACGUCAGUUAUGAAUACAGAAUUUUGGUUCAAAUCACUACUGUAAAAAUAACUUUAAUAUUCUCAAAUUUGUUGUUGGGUAAAUUUUCUUUAUCCUUAAUUUACUUAAAGUGUUUAUAAUUAUAAAUAAGUACGUUUAUAAAAAAGAAGAAACAUUCCAUUUUGAUAACAGUUUUAUAUAUACAGUUCACGCAUAUGUUAUUUUAUGUUUAGCUGUGUUUUGAUGUUAUUGUUGACGCAGAUGUAGAUGUUGAUUUUGUUUGGGUAUAAUAGCGUCUCUCCAAUCUGAAUAUGUAUGGAAAACAAUUGUCAUACAUGAUCAAUUAUUAGAUGUAUAUAAAUCGAAAUAAGUUCUAGUGAUUUUGUGAUGCAGACUGUGUCACAGAACUACCCCCUAAGAAAAUGUGAAAGUUUCCUUGCCAGAGCGUUUAUGUGGUAUCCUUUUAUGCCAACGUAUUGUCUGUUGUGAAAAGUUUAUUUUGGUCUCAAUUUGAAAUUCCCUCCCUGGCUUGUGGAGUCAUGUAACCUUUUCGGUAUUCGCAAUGCAUCUUGGGUAAGGAUGACAAACAAACCAGGCAAUUUGUGAACAAACCAAUGUGACCGUGAACCAGUUAAAACUUUCAUUUGAUUCCUCCUCACUACAUAUCAAGAAUUUAGUGAUCAUCUUUUCACACAUUGUUGCAUCGGUAAUUUGAAAUUUAAUUUUAAGAUUAUUGCCCCGCACAAACAGGCUGCGGCUACGAAAAUGUCAUUAAAAAGAGUGUUUUAUUAGUUCGUUUUGGUAUUUUGGUAAAUGAUCUUUGUUCAGGAAUUUUGCAAGUUCAGUUCAUAGAUUAGUUGCCUUUCAAUUCAAUUUUGAUACUUUUACUGAUGCUUGAAAUAAAUGACUGCGAAGCAGUUAAUAUUCA